CUCAAAGAUGAUGUGACAAAUUGGUCACUUUUAUGACUACACAGACAUCAUAUUAUUAUUAUCUAUUGUCUGACAGUGUCCACUGCAGCUGUGUAGACAGCGGCAGUGUUGUUCCGAAGGCUGACGACGAGCAUGAGUACUCCAUCUAACCGACGCCGUACGAAUCGUCGUCACACAAGACGACUGAGUCAGGUGCGGUCCCUGUUGAGACGUACAACAUCCUCUUCAACAUCCAAUGCUUCUGAAGAUGUGGUAGAUCUAGAUACGAAUCAUAAUGGCAUGUGCAUUGACCUGACGACUGACGAUGAUGAAGUGAUUGAUCUGACCAGUGUUAAUGACAGCCCUGUUGUUGUGCUAUCAGCCAUUGAUGCUGACAUCAGUGGGAAUAGGAGGCCAAGGUCACUUAGAGGUCGAGGUCGUCGGAGGGGUCGUAGUUUAUCAAGGCGGACUGCACCAAGAUCACAAAGAAUACUUCAAGAGUCUGACUCAGAUGAUGAUGAACUUCCCAGCUUUGAUACCACAGGCACUCCUUACAGGCCGAGUGGAGAGGGUUCCGGGGUUGUGACAUCUCCACAGCAGAUCACCAUCACCUGUCCUAUCUGUAUGGAUGAUGACAAACAGAUUCGCCGCAGUAACCGUCAGAUAAUGUCUACAGUAUGUGGUCAUCUGUUCUGUGAUGAAUGUAUCGGACAGGCCAUCCGAGCUCAACACUGCUGCCCCACGUGCCGGAAACGAUUAACACACAGGCAGACACACCCUCUUUUCUUGUGAUAAUACCGUCCAUCAUUUCAAUAGUGAUAUUUCGUAAUGAAUCGUCAACUUGGAAUGUAACAAAUUUGAGAAUACUUUUAAGGUCAGAUCAGAUUUGCAAAUUUAUUUGAUAUCUGAAAUCUUUUGGAUAAAAAUAUGGAAUUUAUAACCUAGCACUGUGCGGAGAUUGGUGGUGCUAUUGAAAAGGGCACAGCCUUCACAGUUAUCUGUAGAUAUCAAAAUAUCUCAAGAUGUACAAGUUCAGCUUAUAAGAAACUCUACACUAUGAUGCUAUAUGCUAUACAUCAUUGAUUAUCUUCAUUCUGUAAGGAUAUGUUUCAUUUGACAAAUUCUUGUAAUUAUCUGCACAUCAGAUGGCUUACAAAGUGGUACAGAUCAACAUUUUCACAGAUGAAGUUCAUUUUCUGUCCGAUUAUGAAUUAAGGUAAUGUGAUCCUUUGACAUCAGAAUGGCCUCUUUGAAAAGUCAGCUUUUUGCCUUAUCCACUUGCAAUCAUUUCAGUCAGUUUUAGUUUGAGAUGUGUAUAAUAUGCAUCAUAACAUCAACAAUAUCGUGCUGUAUGUUAUAAAUACUUUGGUAUGUUGUUGCAUAACACUGCUGAGGAUAAAUGGUUCUGACUUGGGGUAAUAUCUGACACUGUUAUUGACUAAGUUGACUUGAUCUUGCCGUGCAGUUUGUUUUAGACAAACUGUGUGCUAUUUAUUGUAUGACAUGUUCAUUAUUGAUGUGUGGUGUUUAUCUGCUGAUGUUCAUACAGCAUACGAAGGACACUGGAAUAUUUUAUACCAAAAAUUUGAAAAAAAAUUCUUUUGUUAUCUUUCCAUUGUAUUUGUUGUAAAGUGGUAAACGCCCGAGAUCUAAAUCACUUUGGGCUUUCCUCCAACAUCAAGCUAACAUGCCGUGAUAUAACUGUUCAAAGUGAUGUUAAAUCUAACUAACUCACUCACUCACUCACUCACUCACUCCUAUGUCAACUGGGGACCAGAUUCCGACUACUUUAUACAUGGCCUUUGGUAUGAGAGUACUCUGUAGGGAUCCACGUUGGAGUUGGUCCCCAGAAACCUAUGCUGGUCUUAAGGGCGAUCAAGGGGUUCAGGUACUCUGUAGGGAUUCCAGGUAGGAGUUGGUCCCCAGAAACCUAUGCUGGUCCUAAGGGCGAUCAAGGGGUUCAGGUACUCUGUAGGGAUUCCAGGUAGGAGUUGGUCCCCAGAAACCUAUGCUGGUCGUAAGGGCGAUCAAGUGGUUCAGGUGGUCACACACGGUUGAUAGCGAGUCUUCCUACGGUGUACGGACGGUGUGAGUCGUUGCUAACAAUAUCGAUCACUUGAUUGUCUGGUCCACACUUUAUUGUUUACAGGCUGCCGUUAUAUGGCUGGAAUAUUGCUGAAUGUGGAAUGAAACAACAACAAAUGAUACGAUAUAAUACAUAUGGGCCUGUAUAGCUAUACAUUAUAAUACAAAGUACAUAUUUACCUAAAGGAAUAACCCUAUCUUGUAUCAAGUUUACAUCCCACUUGUGAGUGAAAGGGCUUUAUCAGUUGCUGUUGCAAGUGCCUCUAAUAUAAGUGACUUUAUUUUUUGUUUAAAUUAAAAAUAUCUUUUCAGUUCAUGGCCUUUGUGUUCUUAUUGUGGUGUAUCAAGACGUAUUGUAUCGUGAUCGUGUAUCGAGAUACGUGUCAAAUCGUGGCCUUCUGCAUCGUUGUACAACCGUUGAAAAUCCACUUUCAUCAUCUACUGCGUUUAGGAUUUAUUCAGUUUCAGGGAUUAUCAUACUCUCAUAGACAUCGUGUGUUAUAUGAGACUAGACUCCCCAUCCAGACUGGACACUAUUCCCCCUUGUACAGUAGGGUGUUGUGUUCAACACCCUAAGCUCCUAGUGUUUGUGCUGAUUUGUUAUGUUGGGGAUUUCUGCCAAUAUUUCAUUGCUGAAACUGGAAACAAAUAUUCAAGACGACAAAUAAUUUGUUUCUUUGUGCCGUUGGUGUUGUGUGUUACUGACAAAUGCAUUAUGAUGUAUUUGCGUGAUUGUUUUGAUUGUUUUUAUGUAUUUUUGUUUGAUAUGUUUUCCAAUGACAAAAUUACAUCUAACAUUGGUCUGUAAUUUGUUUGGUAUUAAUCUACAUGUAUCUCUUAAUGUAUUUAAAAUAGAAAUAUUUAUCAAAUCUUAUCAAUUUCAGUGAUCAUUUUGAUGGGAGAGGAAUGUUCAACUGGAGGGAAUAUUUCAUGGGAAGUUCAAUGUUUUUCAACUAAACCUGGCAAGUGCAUUGAUUGCUAUUUAAAAAAGUUCUAAAUUUUAUUUUUUUAUGUUUCUAUGGAAACAAUUUUGACUUAGUCUCAAAUGGGCCAUAACUUGAAAACCUUGCAUAGCUCAUCAGCUUAAUUGGUGCCUUUUGCUAUUGUUCUCUUAACUUUUUUCUAAAUUAUAUUUUGUUACAUUUCCAUGGAAACCAUUAUCUUUCCAAGCUACAACUUGAUAGUAUUGUUUUUCAGAUUUGCAAACAUAUUUAUGGCAACAACUUGAACUAAUGUAUCAAAACAAGGGAGGGGGAGACAUGUGUUGUAGUAGAAACACACUCCAGUGAUAUAUUUUUUCCUAUUCUGAGCAAGUGAGUACAGUAAUAAGUUGACACAACAUAUACUUCUGUAAAGAAGUUAAAUAACACCCGUUUCUUCAUGUGACUAUUGUUAAACUGUCAUUGCAGUUGACUUUUUGAGUUGUAUUUAUCUGAGCAUUCUGUUAUGUACAGAUAUAACAACAUCUGGCACCAUACAAGCCAGUUUUGUUAUGGAAGUAAAUAUCUUUGUCCUGUAAUGGAUAGUGUUAGUGAUGCAAAAAAGACCAGUCCGAUAAACAUGGUGUCAUGUUCCAGGUGUUUAUGGUUUUUUAAACUUUUAUUUGGUAGAGUUACCUCCCUUGGGAAUGCCUGAAACUUGUGAUAGUGGUUCAGAUUCUUGUUUAGCCCCGAUUAUGUUUCUAGGUUUGUCUGCACCUUACCCGUGCUCAUGGGUUUCACUGAAGUGGUUAAUGUCUGAGAUCUGCAUCACUUAGGGCUUUUCUCCCACAUUAAGCUGACACGCACAGGUGUCACUGUUCAAAGAGAUGUUAAACACAAUCACUCGCUCACUUACUUUCUCUACACGAAAUGUGCGAAUGGAUGCAAGGGCAUCCUGUUCUCCUUGAAAGAAAAUUUAGUUUAUGAUGAAUAGAUAGUCAGGAUCCGAAGUACGAUUAAGGACAUAUUUUUCCUAUCAUCUGAAGUGGAGUAAUCCGAAGUUCAGAGAUCAAAUGUGAUCUUUAUAGGACAACAAAAUGGUGUUUAAAUUCUCAUUUCCGUGCUGUUUCAAUUUCCCUUCCCACCCCUCAAAUAAUUUUUCUUUGGGGGAAUGUCAAUACCUGGCAAGGUCAGUUAACUCGACCAUUAACAACAUGGUGAAAUCUGAAGCAAGGGCAGGUAACUCUCUCUCACACACACGCAUGACUGCCUCCAGAUCCCAGACAGUCAUUUAAAGAUGGUACUUGUUGUUACUAUGCCUGGGGCUCAGCAUUAAAGGGGCAAGGACUGGUCGGCUGGAGUCUAUACUGUAUCAGUAUUCUCUAAUUUGGGUAUUCAUGUUAAACUGCAGCAUUGGCUCAGUUGGCUUGUGCUAUCAAAUCAUCAUUUGUCCGUACUAGGAUGCAUGCGUGAAUUGGUCCACACAACCUAUGCUAGUUGUAAGAGGGAUGAGGGGACUUCAUGGAUGAGGUGGUCAGGGUGGUUGACUUAGCUGAUGGCCUGUCAUCGUACCUCAUUGCCCACAAUGUCAAUCACUGGAUCGUCUGGAUGAGACUCGAUUACUUACAGGUCGCCGUCAUAUAGCUGAAAUAUUGCCGAGUGCGACAGUGUUCUCGCUCUCACUCACAAACACACAUACAUCACUAUGUAAGUGCAAUAAUCUUGGUAUGCGACCUUAAAGCCUAUUUUACAUUACAUUUUUUUCAUGCUUAAGAAUAUGGUCAUGUCAUUGCUUCAAUGUUACCAAAAUUUUAAGAGAGAAACAAAAUGUUUGUUUUUUCUUUCUUUUGUCUGCCAUUGAAUCUCCAAACAACUCCAACCUCAUAGAGGACGCUUGCAAAAAGAUCUUGACUAGAUAAUCUGGAUUCUUAUCAGUCAACUAAUGCAUCUUAUUUAAUAAGACCGCCCAAAAGGAAGAAUUUUUUAUCCCUGUUUUGUUUACAAAUUAAGAAAAGUUUCCUGCCUAUGAGUUAUUAGAUUCCUUGGAAAUUAAGAAAAGUCUGUUGCUUUCUGUAUUGGAGCUUAUAGCAAGAAUAUAUGUACCAUUUUGAUUUCUCUUAAAACUGAAAAUAUGGAAGCAAGCCAAUAGUUGCCCACCCAAAACAAUACUGAUACAUUCAGUCACAUAAUCAAUCAGGCAUUCGCACAGUCAUAACACCAACACAUAUUUACACCUGUAUAACCACUGAAUGUAUGCAUGUAGGUGGUCUUGCAGUCUUUGCCUGUGUAAUGUUGAUUAUAUGAUGUGGAUAUUUCUGCAAUAAAUGAUAUGUGACAUUCCAA